AUGGCGAUCAUCAAGUCGGUUCCUGUUCUACUACUAAAGAACGCUCAAUUUGGCGUCACUUUGAAUGUUACCAAAGCCAUGACUCUUCUUAAUGCAUGCCGUCUCUCUCAUCCACCUCUCAUCAAUUGCGAUCUGAGCGUUGACAGUCUUGCUCUAGGUAUGUUCCUUGCUCCUGAUAGUUCUCUUAGACCAUCAACAUCAUCGGUUAGUGUUGGGGCUCCUAGUCCAAUUUUAGGGGAAAACGAGGUUAACCCAACCCUGAUACCUUUAGGAGGAGAAAGCGAGGGUUCUGCUUCUUCCUCUGGAUCAUCCCUACUUGCUAGAAGCAAGUGA